CCCCGGGCCCCAGCGCCUCCAGCGCAUGGAGGGCGGCGGGCCUGUCCCCUGGAGCAGGUGACACGCACCGGCGCCCAGGAGGAGGAAGAUGGCCAGGGAGCUGAGCCAGGAGGAGCUGCUGGACUUCCUGUGCCAGGCCGGGGGCCGGGUCACCAACGCCGCCUUGCUGGGGCACUUCAAGAGCUUCCUGCGGGACCCCAGCGCGCCCCCGGGCCAGCUGCAGCAGCGCCGCGAGCUCUUCAAGAGCCUCGUCAACUCGGUGGCCGCCGUGCGCCAGGACCCCGACGGCACCAAGUGCGUGGUGCUCAAGAAGAGGUACCGGGACCUGGUAGGGGAGGAGGGGCUGCGGGGGCCCCGCGGCGACCCCCAGCCCGCCGCUCCGCAGCAGCAGCAGCCGCCACCGCAGCAACAGAAGCAGCUGCAGCCGCGCCCCCCGGGAGCCCCGGCCGCCUCCCCGGGCAGCUGGCGCCGGGCGUCUCGGCAGCGGCAGCAACCCCAGUCCCCGCAGCAACAGCCCCAGCCCCAUCAGCCCCGCCUCCGGCCUCAGCCCCAGCAGCCGCAGCCUCCGCAACACCAACCCCAGCGCCAGCCCCCUCAGCAACAGCCCCAGCCUGAGCAGCACCAAUCUCAGCCCCAGCUCCAGCCUCAGCACCGUCAGCGCCGGCCUCAGCAAUACCAGCGACAGCCCCAGCCUCAGCGGGCCGGGAGGCAGCCUCGGGAGAAGGAACCACAAACUGAGCCGGCAGGUGCAGGAACUUCAGCUCCGGAAAUAGAGUGCAAUGGACUCUCUGCCAGGCCUGGGGAUGCUCCAGAGUCCACCGAAACCGGGAUUGCAGGUGAUUGCAGCCCCGGGAGGCUGGGGGAGGCAGCUGCUGCGGACCCUUCACCCCAGGCUAGGAUAUGCUUGGCUGCUUCAGGGACUCCAGGGGGCUGCCGGGAGCGGCUUCUGGAUAGCCCUUGGGCUGGCUCCACAGAGCCACACCUCCUGUCGCAGGGGAGCCCUCCCUUGGGAGAGCAGCAGGCCCCGGAACCCAGAUCGGAGGGACCACUCGAAGGCACCCGACAUUCUAGCACUGGCUUAUCCACCAAGCACUCACCAUUGGCCACAGAAACCUUCAGGGCAUCAGAGACCAGCCCUUCCUUGGCAUCCCUUGCUUUCCCUGGGGAUAGGUCAGAGCUAUUGACCCUAAGUGGACCACAUUCCUAUGUAGCCCAGCAGCAGCAACGAACCCGGGAGUGGGUGGUCAACCACUGCCGGCCCUGCCCGGGCAGUGUUGCAGAAAAGCCACGGCUAAGUCCCAGCCGGGUUUGGUGUGUGCUACCUGAGAACUUCGCCAGGGCACCCUACAGUGGGGAGGACCCAGACUCGGAGAGGCUGCCGCCUCCUCCUCCCGCUUCCCCUCCUCUCCUACCUGCUGGGUCUUCAGUUUUUCGGAGCAUCCGUUGUCAACUAGACCUCCAGGACCUGGAGAACUUUGUGGAAGAGGAUAGCCAUGACAGUGAGGAGAGUACCAGUGGCCCAAGGGAGUCUCCAGGGGAGUUAGAGGAAGCCUCAAAAGUUCCCCUGGAAAAUGGAGCCCAGGAAAAACUCAGGACCCUAGCUGGGCAUUUUAUCAAAUCUCAGCAGGAAAAUACUCCUCUCAAUAAAUCCCAGGGACCCAUAUUUAGAAGUGGUUACUCCCUCCAACAUAUCCCAGAAAGAGUUAAUGGUCCUGUUGUAAUGUCAGCCAAAAAACCCAAGGAGUCCUCUACCCUGCCUCAAGACCCCAUUCCCUGGCCAGCUGUCAGGUUAAAGAGAUCUCUGAGGAGAAGUUCCAGGGCAGGGAGGGACAAAAUAUCCUCCUCUGAUGAGGAGUUGCUGGACAAAGACUUGGUGAAAAGGAACCGUCGGCCACCCCGAUCCAGAAAGUUGUCUAGGGCAGGAGCAGUGCCCUCUCCAAAGGUAGAUGCCCCUUUGGCCCUGAAGCCAACAGUUUCUAAGGCCGCAUCAGAGCAAAGACUGGCAGGUAGCAUUUGGGUUCCCCCUGGGGGUGUGUCUUCUGUCUUAGUUUCAGUCAGACCUUCCACACACAAAUCCUCUUUAGUGCCCCUGGACUCCCGGGAGCAUGAAUGGAUUGUGAGAAUAGCUAGUGGCUCAUGGGUACAGGCACUGACUCUGUUUUGGGAAGACCCUCAGCUGGCUCUUCGAAAAGACUUUUUGACUGGGUAUACUGCCUUGCACUGGAUUGCCAAACACGGUGCUCUCCAGGCCCUUCAGGAAUUGGUCAGGGGGGCCCAAAAGGCAGGGAUCGUUCUUGAUGUGAAUGUGAGGUCCAGCUGUGGGUAUACCCCGCUGCACCUCGCUGCCAUCCAUGGGCACCAGAGUAUCAUCAAACUUCUGGUGCAGAGGCUGGGCUCUCGAGUGAAUGUACGGGACAGCAGUGGGAAGAAGCCUUGCCAGUAUUUGACUAGCAGUACCACUGGGGAAAUAUGGCAGCUUCUUGGCGCCCCGAGGGGGAAGCCCAUUUUCCCAGUUCGUUCCUUAGUUAGAAGUUCUUCACCCACCAGGAAGGCCAAGAGCCAUGAUGUGUCAAGGAACAUAAGCAGAAAGACCUCCCUUGCUGCAUUACUCAAAAGUCAGCACCACAGAUGGAAAAUGACCCACCAGUAUGACAAAUUCCGAACAUCAGGGGACAGAGACGAGUAUAGUGACUGAAGCGUCCCUCGAUCAAACGUGCAGAGACUUCUUGAUCUGGGGUGACCCCGUGAACAACCUCCACACUCUGCCAAGAUCAGAGUUACUCCUGACUUAGAGGACUCAAGAUGAAUCUUGAACUGGGAACUGGGUAGGUCAAUGAGGACAAUUGGCUUAUGUAGAGGGCACAUCUCUCUAGACUUGUGUUAGUAGCUCUGCCAGAAGUUGCUAGUGUUGAAGGCUCUGCUUUCUUAAGCAGGAAUGGCAGACAUGGGGCCAAGGUAGAAGUCUGGAAAAACUCAGCACAGACAAUCCUUUAUUACCACGGAUCAAAGUAUCAGGCUCUUGAGCAGAUGCCUCAACAGGAGAGCCGAUAAGGCACUCAGGGCUCAGAGACUUCCACUGUGGCUCAGCAUAUUUCUGUCCAGUGCCAUACCCUCUCCCCCUUAUUCUUUACAAUAAAUCUUUCCCAAGACCUCCCUUGAGGAUUCAUAGACCACUACCCCCUUUUAGAUUAAGUGGGAAGGAUGGCUGAUUAAUCAUGAUCUCCAACCCCAAAGUGCCCCCCCACUCCCACCCCAAUGCAUCAAACUUGAAUGGCCAAUCUCAGAGUUCCUGAUUACAAUGAAUACUGAAUAAUUGAGAGUUAAAGGGAGAACAUUGCCUUAUCCACAUGGGGGAAAAUGAAAUACAAUUUCUGGAGCUGCUAGCAAAAAUUUAAUUUGCACUAAAUAUGUGUCCAGUGAAGAUUGUUUUGAUGGAAGCACAUCAUAUCAAAUCUAUUCUAGGAAAGAUGAGUUAGCCCAUGUACCUUACAAUGGGACAGAAAGAUUUCAAGCCAUAAAUAGAAAGAAUGAAUAGAAACACAAUAUAAUUCUAUGCAAAAAAUAUCAAUUCUAAAUGAAUGGCAGAGGGGAAUGUUAAUUUUAUUCAGCAGUCUUUUAAUGGACAGUUGCAAUAAAGCAGUAUUUUAAAUUG